AUGAGUGCGGAACGAGAUGCCGCAUCUUACGACUAUAGGAGGAGUUUCCUUCGCACUUGCGGUCUUUCUCGUUCGAGUGAGUCGUGGAGUUCCUCUCUUUCCCCCGAACCCGAAAAGCGGACUCGGAGACUGUGGUGCAGAAAGCUGACGAUGAGCCACAUUGCGUCAUGCACGAUCGCUGUGGCGUCCACAAUGGGAUCGUCGGACCAUCUCCGAUUCCCUGCGUGUAUAAUGGGCCACCGAUUCCCAUUCCCUCUUCUUUCCCGAUUUACCAGACUCUCCUUGACACGUGCCCCGAGUUCUUCGAAGGAUCGGGCGAGUGCAAAAGAAAAGCACGAAGGAGAAGACGUGGUUGUCUGCUGUCACGAGAACCAGAUCACAGCAAUGGUGGAUGGCCUCUCCAUCCCAAACCAAUUUCUUCGCGGUUGCCCCUCGUGCUACCGAAACUUCCGGCAACACAUCUGUUACCUCGCCUGCUCGCCCGUUCAGUCCACUUUCUUGAAAGACACAAAGGGAUUCCCAAGUGACGAAAAGCCUGGUCAAAUGGCUGUUGGAGAGAUGGACUACUACAUUUCCGAAGCAUAUGUUUACGGGACACAUGACUCUUGCGAUAACGUCCACUAUGGGCCAGCACUUCUUGCAUUGACACUUCUUUGUGGUGGCAAUCAAGAUUGCACGCCACAUGACAUGUUCAAUUACUUGGGUAACAUUUCGAAUGGGCAGGCUCCUUUCCAGAUCAACUAUUUGUAUCAGACCGAGGACGAAGUGAAUGGCUUCAAGCCUAUGAAUGCCACUAUCGUGGAAUGCUCGGAACCGGUGGAUCCAGAUGCA